AUGAGCUCAUUCCAGCUGGCCGAGUCGCCAAGGGAAACGGUGAAUGGACGACGGGUUCGUGACCCUCAAUGUGCUCGAUGCCGACAGCACGGGUUCCGAGUCCCUCUUAGAGGUCACAAGCGAGUCCUUUGUCAAUUUGCCUCCUGCAAAUGUGAAAUGGUGAGCUCUGCAGGUAUCGUCAUUCCAGUCGCUGUAUUCCCUAUUUUACACGAUAAAAAAUCCAGUAAACUAUAUUUUGUGCAAUGGAUCGAUCGCUCGUAGCA